AUGGGCUCAUUACAGCAAGAAUGGCACAAGCUCAGUGUGGCUGUCAUAGGAGGGGGCAUUGGCGGCCUGUCUGCUGCCAUCGCUUUACGUCGAGCAGGGCACGACGUGACCGUCUAUGAGCGAGCCAACUUCGCCGGCGAAGUGGGCGCUUCAGUUUCUUGCGCGGCCAACGGCACCCGAUGGCUACAUGAAUGGAAUGUCGAUGUCGCCCAAGGCGAUCCUGUGGUAUUGAAGAAGCUCAUCAAUCGUGACUGGAGAACAGGGGAACCAGUGAGUGUCUACGACCUCGAUAACUAUGAGAAGCGGUGGGGCUUUGUCUACAACAUGUUCCACAGGCAAUAUAUGCAUCACAUGCUCAAGGACACGGCCUUACAGCAGGAGGGUGAUGGAACUCCUGUGAAACUGCUGGUGAAUCAUCAGUGUCACCACAUCGAUCUACAAACCGGAGUCAUUACUUUCAGGAAUGGUACGUCCGCACAGCAUGAUUUGAUCAUUGGUGCAGACGGUAUUGGGUCGGUUGUUCGAGGGGUGAUCGGCAUUCAGCCAGAUAAGACCCCUUCCGACCAAAGCUGCCUGCACGCCAAUAUUGAUACCGAAGAAGCCGUCAAAGCUGGGCUUGUCGACUACUCUCAGGACAGCGCGCUCGAGUACUGGGGCGGCCAAGAGGGGAAGUGGGAUAAGAUUGUGCUCUCUCCGUGUAAUGGCGGAAAGCUACUUUCCUAUUACUGCUUUUUUCCACGGACCAUGGGUGACUAUACCAACCAUACAUGGGGCAGCGAGGAUCGUCCGGUGGAGGAACUCCUGAAACCGUUCCCCAACUUGGACUCCCAAGUGCUGGCACACCUGAAAAUCGGCAAAGACAUCCAACCCUGGCGUCUUUGGGUGCAUCAACCUUAUCCCUAUAUACACCGCAGCAUGGUGUGUCUCCUAGGCGACGCAGGCCAUCCAAUGAUGCCACAUCAAAGUCAAGGUGCUUGCAUGGCUAUCGAGGACGCAGCCGCAUUGGGCAUUCUUUUCAGCAAGAAGUACUUCAGAAACGUUUCGGAGGCGCUUGCGGUUUACGAGCAAGUUCGAUUGCCACGAGCGACAAGAGUCCAAGCAGCCGCUGCUAAGGCUGCCUACAAUAUCAAUGAACGAAUUGGAUUUUCAGUUAACAAGGACAUUGCAACAUACCGAGUGGAGGAUCCGCAGAAGGUGUUGACCAUUGAAGAAAUGAAUGCCUAUGAUAUGUACAAGGACAUCGAAGAGGCAUUAGCAGAACAAAGAGGUGAAGACUUCGCCGCUGGAUAUAUUCAUGGAUUGCCCGUAGGACUGAAGCUUCCCAACGGUGUGGUCAUUGGAGGUUGAACAUGAUUGGUUCUACGUGCGGUUUCACAGAUUCCGCAUCGGGGAUUUCUGAUCUGUGGAUCAUUGGGUGACGCCGCGGCCUGUCGACGUCCUGGGACAGGUGGGCAGUCCUGCCGCUUGAAUGCAGGAUGCUGUCGGUAUUCAGAGAAGCAUUGGCCACCCACAGACACGGCGCGAUCAAACAUAGUUGAGAUGCGUUGGUGAACCCGGCGCCGUCACUUCAUCCGGCUGUCAUGCGCGCGAAUGCUCGGCUGGCCACCCCCAAGUUACAGGGAACUUUUCGCAAGACUGAGUGAGGCGGAGCGGAUGGAUCGAAAUGAAACCAAUCUUCAAGUCUUAGUGAUUGAUUCAUGUUUAGAAGCUGAAGCUGACUGUUUUCGAUCCAUUCGAACAG